CGCCCAGCUGGAUUUUAAUCCCAUCUUUCAUUUAAAGUACAAACGAGCGUCGGUGGCGCUGGAGGAUGAGUUUCACUUCAGCCGCAGACUCAGACGCUGCUGCAGUCACGAGUUUGUGUUCGUUUAUCUAUCUACUCGUUUAGUGGUUGUUUCUUAGGGACGAUGUCGGAGCGGACGCUGGACUAUUUCCUAAAUCGGAGGGAGAUAAAGCAGAGGGACGGCGCUGAGGUGACGUGGUCUCAUGGAGUGAACAGCAGGAGAAAAGUGGAGGAGGCUGUGACAGGGUCUGGAUCCUUCUACCGUGAAGUCAUGAGACAAGUGUAACCCACACACAUCACUGGUUCUACUUUUACUUCCUCUUCUCCUGACUCAGAUUUUACUGCUCCUGUGGUUUCCCCACUUCCACUAAUGUACAGCAAAUAAGGUCCCACUCACAUGCUCGAGGCCGACGUAAUCAUGAGAGGUCACGACCCCAGAGAGCCGGUCAUGGCUCACCCUCCUGAUACAGACAGUGACAUCACACUGCAGCAGUGGCUGGAAGCGGUGAAGUCGCAUCACAAGGGAAUUAAACUCGACUUUAAGAGCCUGGACGCGGUGUCUCCGUCUGUGCGUCUGCUGGAGGAAGUUCUGCCCAAGCUGAAGUUUCCUGUGUGGGUCAACGCCGACGUCCUCUCCGGUCCAGGAGGAACCGCUGCUCCUCUGUGUCCUCAGGCUUUUCUCUAUGCCGUCUCAACUCUGCCCUCGGAGACUGUGCUGUCCCUCGGCUGGACCGCGGAGUGGACAGAGGGGACAGAAAACCAAGGCUACUCGUGGGACAUGGUGCGUGCGAUGGAGGAGAUUUGUAGAGACCUCAAACACCCUGUCACGUUCCCAGUGCAGGCGGCUCGGCUCAGUCAGUCCUUCUCUCAGCUCACCUGGCUGCUGCAGCAGUCGGACAGAUACUCCCUGACGGUGUGGAGCAGCCCGACUGACGCGUUAACACCUGAGGAUUUACUGUUGUACAGAAAGCACACUCACGUCAGUAGAAUCUACUAUGACCUGCCUGAGUGUCAGAGGUCAAAGGUCAGUGUGACACUGCAACACUAAUGGCGCUUCUUUUUUCCACUGUAGCUGGUACCUGGUACUGGGCGAUAUACAGUAACAUGAGUGGUGGAGCGAUAUUAUUUGAUUAUACUAUCGAAUAAUUUCAGAAAUAAAGCUUUUUCCUUAGAACACAGAGAAUAAAGUGGUAGAAGAUGGAUGGAUGGAUACCGGAAAGAGAGAAAUAGAAAUUCGAGUUCCCAAAUCUGGAGCCUGGAUUAAAUUUUCCUGCUGCAUUUUCUCUCAGGCUACAACGGUUCAUUCAUUUAUUUGAAUAUUAAUCAAUCACUAAAUCAAUCGCCAGCUGAUUUGAUCAUUUAUUAAUCAUUUUGAGUGUGUGUGUGUGUGUGUGUGGUUUUUUAUAAAUGAUUUUUCUUAAAUGUGAAUUUUAUCUUCCCGUGUCUUUGCUCCACAAAGGCACCGGACUAGUUUGCGGACAGUUGAGAACGUCAUAGUUUGGGAACAUUUUCUGACAUUUUAGGGAACAAACAAUGACAUAAAUGAC